CCGAAAUCGAAAGUCAACGCCCCUCCCCACCCACUCUUUCUCUCUCCCAUUAUUCUGCUCAAAUCCCCCGUGCAUAUUCCUUCUUCUUCCUCGAUCACCCGGAGGUAAUAUGAGUGAGUGAGUGUAAAUUUGUGGUUUUUCAGAGCUAAAGAAAGAAUAUUUCUGUUGGAAUUGUGGGUUUUCUGUUUCCGCUUUUCUUUCUCUUUUUUGACUUAAGAAUUAAGAAAAAGGAUGGGAAACGGUGCUGGUAAACUGAACGUCUGCUUCACCAGCGGCGACGUCUCAGAACCGCACCGGCGGAGGAAUUUGAAAGCGGUGACUUCCGACCCAUUAGAUGACCUGGGCCACUCUUUCUGCUACGUUCCCGACGUGGCGCGUCUCUCCACAUCCAAGGUCCACUCCGAGGAAACGACGAUGUUCCGCUCGAUUUCCGGCGCCUCCGUCAGCGCAAACACCUCGACGCCGCUGUCCACGGCGUUUGUAGACGUAUACUCGUACAACAAUAGCAUCGAUCGGUCUUCAACUUUCGAGAGUUCCACAUCCUUCGCUUCCAUUCCUCUGCAGCCUAUCCCGAGAAACUCUUCAAUCCACUCCGGUCCGCUACUCGGCGCCGGUUUCGCGCAGGCCUCCGGCGGCUUUAUGUCCGGCCCGAUUGAGAGGGGGUUCCUAUCGGGACCCCUCGAUCGAGGCACGUUUUCAGGCCCGCUGGAGAAAGGCUCCGCUGAUCAGUUCCGGCGGAGCUUCUCUUAUGGGGGAGGUUUCGGGCUACGAUCCAAAUUGAGGAAGCGGAAACUGAUUCGGGUCAUCCAGAGAGCUAUCUCGAAAACCAUAAGCAGGGGGCAGAACUCAAUUGUGGCUCCAAUUAAAGGAUCCAUUUCAACCAAAGAACCCAAUUGGGUUGUCGGGUCGGAGAAGCAGAACGAUUUCAUAGUCAGUAGUGCCAAUCUGAGCAGCGAGUGCAGCUUGGAUGAUGACGAUUCACCCGGAAGCCGAAAUCUCCAAUGGGCUCAGGGAAAAGCGGGUGAGGAUCGGGUCCACGUGGUGGUGUCCGAAGAACAUGGGUGGGUCUUUGUUGGGAUUUAUGAUGGGUUCAAUGGUCCGGAUGCUCCGGAUUAUUUGGUAUCCAAUUUAUACCCAGCUGUUCAUCGGGAGCUCAAGGGACUGCUAUGGGAUGAUAAGUUCGAAUCAACCACCAAUGCAGCUCAAACUCUCCAGUCUUCAACUCUCGAACCGGAUUAUGUGAAUCGAACCGUAAAAGAUGAAGUGCCUAGAGAUAGAACAAGGGAUGGUUGCACGAGAUAUGUUGAGCAAGAGGGUUAUCCUUGUACAAGGGAAGUUUCGAAUUCCGAUCCUAAGUUUAGGAGAAACAAGGGGAAGAACAGAUACAAGGGAGCAGGAGGAGCGGCUAAGAGAUGGGAGGAGAAUCAGAGAAAAUGGCGGUGUGAAUGGGACAGGGAAAGGCUGGAGCUCGAUAAGAGGUUAAAAGAGCAAUUUAGCAGGACCGGGUGUCGGGAUUCAAGAGCGAUUAAUCACAAUGAUGUAUUGAAAGCUUUGUCUCAAGCGUUGAAGAAGACGGAGGAGGCCUAUUUAGAUCUCGCAGACUUGAUGCUCGAUGAAAAUCCCGAACUAGCUUUGAUGGGUUCGUGUGUUAUGGUAAUGUUGAUGAGAGGGGAGGACGUUUAUGUGAUGAAUGUUGGUGAUAGCCGGGCAGUUUUGGCUCAGAAGAAGGAGCCUGAUCUUUGGAGUCAGGAUUUGGAAAGGAUCAAUGAAGAAUCAUUUCAUGAUCUUGAAGGGAUUGAUGUUGAACGGUUAGAUGCGGUUUCAUGUUUAACUGCUUUUCAGCUAACCACGGAUCAUAGCACUUCUGUGAGAGAGGAAGUUGAAAGAAUAAGAAAGGAACACAAAGAUGAUGUUUCAGCUGUUGUGAAUGAUCGUGUUAAAGGUUCACUAAAGGUCACCCGAGCUUUUGGUGCUGGUUUUCUCAAACAGCCAAAAUGGAACAAUGCACUUUUAGAGAUGUUUCGGAUUCACUAUGUUGGGAUAUCCCCAUACAUAAGCUGUGUUCCUUCACUAUACCAUCACCGGUUAGGAACAAGAGACAGGUUCUUAAUAUUGUCAUCAGAUGGACUCUAUCAAUACUUCACGAACGAAGAAGCUGUUCAAGAAGUUGAACAUUUCAUCGCAUGGUCACCUGAAGGAGACCCAGCCCAGCAUCUUGUUGAAAAAGUUCUGUUUCGGGCAGCGAAGAAAGCAGGUACUAGUAAUGCCUUGUUUGGAUGAACAAAAUCAAAAGGAUGUAUGUUUAUUUUCCCCGAAUGACAAAACUUUAUGUUCCAGGUUUGGAGUUUCAUGAAUUGCUUGAAAUCCCACAGGGUGAUCGGCGGAAGUACCACGACGAUGUUUCGAUAAUUGUUAUUUCAUUGGAAGGAAGAAUAUGGAGAUCUUGUGUAUAGUAUGUAGGAAAGUUAUAUAUAGAAAUCCAAAACCCCACCAUUUUUGCCCUUUUUUUAACCAUGGCAUCUCUGUGAAGAUAAUAACCAACACUCUGUAAAAAGGAGUGAUGUGCAAUAUGAAUGGAGGUGAUUGGGAUUGUAAAGGUGUAAAUGCAGCUGUGCAUUGUUAUUAAAAAUGACAGUCUUUCUCUAUUAAAGACUUACUUUUCUAGGAAGAGAAGUUUUGUUCUUAUAACUAGUAGUGAUAUUCCAUCUAAUAAAAAUUCAACAUCUUAAGAUGUUUUUUGUCUUUGAAACCAAA